UUCACAUGGAAGCAUCCUUCCCCCUCUGGAUGCUACUCCACUGAUCCCCAGGAUCCUUAUCUCCUCCUGACACGAGAAAUCAGUGAUUUUCUCUUAUUUCAACACAUGUACAGUUGGAAGGUGUGUGGCUCUGAAGCAGCACCUGCCUCACAGUGUUUCAGUCUGUUUCCAUGAAUUCUGUAGUCUGACUGUUGUUUUGAUGCAGGUAGCCUCGUGGUGAAGGUCUGACGGCGCUUUCAGACUAUUACGCACACACGCCACCCCACCGCCUGCUGUUGAGUUUUUUUGCCCCCCGGCGCGUUUUAAAGGCGCUGCGGGUGAUAAAAGCUCAGGCGCACUUAUCGCUGAGCGGUGGCCGCGCAAACAGAAAGGAACGCACCUCUCUCCGGAGCGCACGGCGGAGGGGCGGAUCUAACAGGACACCGGCAUUUGCUGCCCGAGUCCUCAUUCAUUCGCCAAGUCUCGGACUGGAGAGCUUACAAAUUUCUUGCUUUGAGGUGCCACAUGCGCGCAAGUCGCGGAACGAGAUUCCUCCGUGCGCCUCCGCUUCUCCAGAUGAGUUGACCGAGUGAGAAAAGCACCGAGACCGGAUGGUUCCGUCCCGCGGUGCAAACUUCCGACAGAUCCAAACAGCCCGGCAUGAUCAUUUCCAACGUGAGCCUGAGCUGUGCGCACUGUCCCGGGGGAGCAGCCGGCGGCACCGCGGCGACGGACGCGUACGAGGAGGUUUCCGGUUCUCUCCCGCCUCCGGUUCUCUCCCUGAGCCCGACGGGGCACCUGGUGGUGGCGGUGUGCCUCGGCUUCAUCGGUGCCAUCGGGUUCCUCAGUAACUUCCUGGUGAUCACGCUGUUCUGCCGGUACCGGGCUCUGCGCACGCCCAUGAACCUCCUUCUGGUGAGCAUCUCGGCCAGCGACCUGCUGGUCAGCGUGCUGGGCACCCCGUUCAGCUUCGCGGCCAGCACCCAGGGGCGCUGGCUGAUCGGACGCGCUGGGUGCGUGUGGUAUGGCUUCGUUAACGCGUGUUUGGGUAUCGUCUCCCUGAUUUCUCUGGCUGUUCUGUCCUACGAGCGUUACUCCACCAUGAUGACUCCCACUGUGGCCAACGGCGGAGAUUACGGCUCGGCGCUGGGAGGCAUCUGCUUCUCCUGGCUCUACUCCGUGGCCUGGACUGUGCCUCCGCUGCUGGGCUGGAGCAGAUACGGGCCCGAGGGUCCCGGCACCACCUGCUCAGUCGACUGGAAGACCCAGACGGCGAACAAUGUCUCCUACAUCGUCUGUCUGUUCACCUUCUGCCUGGUGCUGCCGUUCGGCGUCAUCCUGUACUCCUACGGCAAGCUGCUGCACGCCAUCAGACAGGUUCGCAGCGUGAGCUCGGUGGUGAGCCGUCGCAGAGAGCACCGGGUGCUGGUGAUGGUCGUCACCAUGGUGCUGUGCUACCUGGUCUGCUGGUUGCCGUACGGCGUGGCGGCUUUGCUCUCCACCUUCGGCCCUCGCGACCUUUUGACCCCGGAGGCGAGCAUCACGCCGUCGCUGCUGGCCAAGUUCUCCACCGUCAUCAACCCUUUUAUCUAUAUAUUCAUGAACAAGCAGUUUUACAGGUGUUUCAUGGCGUUCUUCAGCUGCUCCACCCCCGAACAAGUCUCCAGCUUAAAGACAUUUUCUCGGGUGACCAAGACCCUCCGCACCGUCCGCCAGGAGAAGGAGCGCCACGUUUCGGCCCCGGCUCCAUCCUCCGUCGUGCCCACGCCCAACUCCGCCCACGAGUCCUCACAUGGAACCAACCACGUGGUCCCAUCGGUGACGAACCGAGACAGCGGCGCCUCCCAAGCUCCCGCCGCUGUCAGCCCCAAACCCAAACUGAUUCUUGUGGCUCACUACAGGGAAUAAAGAGAAACAACGGGAGCCGGGAAGAGAAGGAGCUGGGGCGCAGGUCUACAAUUAAGAAACAAAUCCUCUUAAUAGCAGAAAAGAGCGCACGCAAAGUGAGCUCAGCGGGAGUCUUAAAUACAAGCUGGGACGUUGUAAUCCCAGAGCAGGUUAUCGUUGCUGCGCGAGAUCGACAAACAGGAACACACACACACAAAAAAAUGUCUCAUCCUGCUUACCGGAGGCUCUGUGUACAAAGCAGAAGGAAGAUAUGAAGAUUAGGGCUACACCUUGUGCUUUGUUUUGAGGUCCCACCCUUUGUCUGCCAUUAGGAUCUACCCGCCAUAACUCAACUGUCGUGCGCAGGAGCACAAACGUUGCAUUCAAAGCUCACUUACCUCGACAGUUUUGCAAAAAGGGCCUGGAGGGAUUCAUCCCAGAUUCACUCCCAGCAAACCUGCAUCCGUUUGUUUCUUUCACACAGCAGCAGGGCGGUUAAUUUUGAGUUGAUUUUGUGGAUCAGAUCAGAACUGUCGGGUCAGAGCCAGGCCCACGCAGUGCCAGUGUGGAGAGGCUGAUUAUGAAACAAUCGGGAUGCCUGUUCUUUUGGAAAAAAAAUCCAAAAAAAACAACUGAUGCAUACUUUCACCAAGUGAUUACUCAUGCUGGAAGGUACGCUCUGCUCGCAAAAACAUGUUUGUGGGGACGAAAAGUACAUUUCAAGAGGAUGCAAUGGUAACUCUUUAACCUCCUAUUUAUUAUUUAGCAGUUAUUAGCAGUAUGUAAACAUUUACUAAAUCUCACUGUAGUGUGUUUGGAAGCAGACGUUGCAAGUGUUUGUUGGUGUGCAUCAUUUUCAGCAGCUAUAAUUUCCAUAAAAGCGUUUAAUAAAUGUUUCUGUACUGCUUAAGAAAUGCUAAUUUGGAGACGCGGGGCUGAUGCGUUUGGAUCCGAAAUGAAGUGCUUUCGGAAUUAAACCCUUUACUUCAGAUGUGUAUAUUUUUGGAGGAUUUUGUUAAUGAAUGUGCAGCGUGCCACAUCUCCGGGGGAAUGUGUUCGCUACGAGCCAAGAAUUAGCAUGUCUAUUUGGUUGCUAUUAGCUUGUUGGCAGCAUACAUGGAAAUAAGCACGAUUGCACUUUACCGAUUUCCGAAGAACCGCGGAGAGGAAGACACGAAAUCGCGUUCACUCUGCCCCAUUUAAUUCAAUUACAAAAACAAAUAUAUAUAUUUAAAAAAAACAAAUAAAUCCUCAUAAAUAGGUCAAGCUUUUUUGCUUGUGUUGAUGUGUCUUUGUUAGAUAACUAAAUGACGUUCUUUCUUCAUCGGAGGAGUAAUUCAGGAACAUUCCGGAAAAGCACAGUGUUCUUUGUUGGCGAUUUCAGAAACUAUUUGGUGUUUUUUUUUGUAAAUGGGUCGUAUUUUGUCAGCUUAAGUGUAUAGCGACUGUUGCAGGAUUAUUCUCUUUUUUUCCCUUCACAAACAAUAAUUUGGUCAAAAAAGCGGGCGAGUAUUUUUCACGAGCCCAUUUCCAUGCCUGAUAUUUUGGUUUUUAAAGAUUUCUUGAGCAACUCCAUGCCUUUAUUUACACUCUGCCCCCCCCCCCCCCCCCCCCCCCCCCCCCCCCCGUCACGAGCGCUGGGACUGUUAUGAAAGCCAUUAAAGAAAGGGACAUUUCACCCUGUUCUGUGGGACAUGUAAAGAGAUUUCACAGUCUUUGCAUUGUCUAGAUGUUCCUGAAGCUGCCGUUUCUCUUUGUUUGGUGGAAAUGUGGUUUUGUGUUGUCUGCUAAUGUACUUUUUCCUUUACUUAUGUAACAUAAAAUGAAAUCGUGUCACAAACGGA